AUGUCAACAAAACGCAAAGGGGCUGAUUUGAACCGUAAUACAAGUAAAUCUCGAAGCUUGCGAAAUAGAAGAUCCGAAAGAACCGAAGAACAAAUUCAGCAACAAAAUACUAAUGCACGUGUCAGAAUGGCGCAAUUGCGUCAAGAAGAGUCAGAAGACACAUGAGCUGAACGCAAUGAAGUAUUAAGAUUAGAACAACGACAAUCACGCCGUUUCACAGUCAAUAGACGCAGAACAAAUGACCAACAACGACAACAGAUACAUCGAGCAUUUACAUCUGAUUCAUUCUUGCGUCUAGCAUUCCAGUAUGAGCCCGAUAUUGAAUAUUAUGCUCAUUCAAAAGUGGUAAUUCAAAAUCAGAGGCCAAGUUUAUCAUACUCAGGCUCACUGCUGCCAAUGCCAAACGAACCACAUACAUUUUUACAAAUCUACUUCAUGGGCGGCGAGGAUUCCGGAAGCGCACUUGCCAAUCGCGUGAAUGCACGUUGUGAUUAUAAUAACCUUGAUUCAUUUUAUGCCAGACGCAUCGUCAGCGAGCUGGAUGCUCUAUUGAAUGAGCACAACGAAUUGUUGAAAAUAUUAAAAUCACACAUGCACAAAUUACAAAGCGAUAAUCACGCUAUCGUCAUUAAUCCUGAUAAAACACCAGCUGGAGAGCAUAUUUGUAGAUUCAAUGCACCCGUUGUUGAUGAUGUUGCUGGAAUCAUGGUGGCGAUCGUACAGGUGCACGAGAAAUUGUGA